GCAAACUUUUAUAAAAGAAUGGAAAUGGUUUAUUGAAUAUCUACAAACACACCGUAAACAGAUAAGGACCUUGGCAGGAUUAUUGUAAUAACCUGCAGUUUCAAGAGAGUGUACAUUUAAAGCAGUUGACUAAAGGAAUAAGUUAAUUAAGAAUAUGCAGGAAAUGUAAAAAUAAUAAUAAUUAAGGAACAGCAGAAAGAGGUUACUGGAUGCAACCUGGUGAUAAAAUAAUGGUCAUUUAUAGCUUAUGAAAUCCGCAAGACAACCAACCCGAACUGACUAAUUUGGAUUAACUGAGUCGUGGGCUUCGUCAUUCCAGCAGAAGGCGGAUGAAGCUCUGUUCCCCCCCUCAAAAAAAACUCCCAAUUUUUGAGCAGCGACAGAUGGGCUCCAGCAUCACUGCUGCCACGAGCGACACGCCACCCCCUCCUCUCCUUUUCACGUCCACGGACUUUCUGUGUUCGCCACCCGAGUCACGACUCAGCCCUGGGCGACGCAGCAGCCACCGUUUCCCUCCCUCCGGUUCUGCAAAGAUGAGUUCUCUUCUCCCAGUGCCACCUUUUUGCUUCUGCAAUUGAUGCUUGUGUCUCCAUAGGAACCGUCUGGGGGUGUCUGAGAAGGACAGUUUUCUUCCGUACGGUCUUCUCCUGGGAAAAACGGUGCCUCCUUCAUCCCCAAGAUGACAUGCGGCGGACAGCGAGGCUGAUGGACGGGCACCGCCUUGCCCAACAGCCUCUCAGCCUGACAACGAUGUUGUACUGAUCUUGGAGAAGAAGGGAUUGGAUGCAGUCAUUUUUCUUCUGGUUCUAGAGUUGCCAGGCUUCUGGAACCACAACUGGAAGGAGACUGGGGUGUUUGGUCAGUGGUGCGGCAUCGUCAUGGAGUAGAUCUCUGGAAAGGAAGUUCCUUCACCCCUAAAAAAUCACACACACACACAUGAUCCUGGAAGAUGCUUGCUGCCUGACACAACCCCUGGAGAGGAAUUUUCGCCGUGCUGCUGGGAUGGACAACGCCUCGACGCUGGAUUAUGAGCUCCUGUCCCCGGGGCAAGUGGAGCCCGUCCCCAGCCCUUUUGGGAUGGACGCGGAACAAAAGACGGUCUUUGCCUUCGUCAUCCUCCUGCUGGCGUUCUUGGUGAUGUUGAUGGUCCGCUGCUUUCGCAUCCUGCUAGACCCUUACAGCCGGAUGCCCGCUUCGUCCUGGACCGACCACAAGGAAGGGCUGGAGAGGGGGCAGUUUGAUUAUGCCCUGGUAUAGCUCGGGCGAGGCCUGAUGUCCGAAAGGGGGAAAAACCUUGGCAUCUUCUGAAACAGGGUUUCCAGGGGAAGCAAAGUCACUGUUCUCAAGGGAUGGGGUGGGGUUUUUAUUUGAGUGCAGGCAGGGACGGAGGGGGGGAGUUUUCCGUUUCGUGAGGUCGUAAGCAACCACGGGAAGGUGCCCGUUUCAAACCAUAGCUGCCAACGUUUCCCUUUUCUUGCGAGGA